AUGGCUUCAUCCGCAUCAUGUUUAGGUUUUGUUCUUAGCUUGUUCCUCAUUACUAGUUUCGCUACUAUUGCCCAAAGCCGAAUAGCCAGGAAAGACUUGGGUUUGGACUUCGGAGGCAAUGUAGGAGCUGGAAUUGGUUCAGGAAUAGGCUUAGGAGGAGGUGGUUCUGCGUCGGGAUCUGGCUCUGGAUCUGGUUCCGUUCGUGAUGGAGGUCAAGGUGCAGGUAAUAUAGGAAGCAAUAUUGGAGGUAAUGCAGGAAGUGGAGUAAGUACAGGAAUAAGCUUAGGUGGAGGUGGUUCUGCAUCUGGGCAAGUUGGGGGUAAUGUAGGAGGUAAAGUCGGAGGUAAUGCAGAAGCAGGAGUUGGUACAAACAUAGGUUUAGGUGGAGGUGGUUCUGCAUCCGGCUCAGGUUCUGCUUCUGGUUCCGCUGGCGCAGGUGGACAAGGUGGAGCUGAUGUAGGAGGUAAAGUCGGAGGUAAUGUAGGAGAUGGAGUUAGUACAAACAUAGGUUUAGGUGGAGGUGGUUCUGCAUCCUCCUCAGGUUCUGCUUCGGGUUCCGCUGGUGCAAGUGGAAAAGGUAGAGCUGAUGUAGGAGGUAAAGUCGGAGGUAAUGUAGGAGUUGGAGUUGGUACAAACAUAGGCUUAGGUGGAGGCGGCUCUGCAUCCGGCUCAGGUUCUGCUUCUGGUUCUGCCGGUGCAGGUGGACAAGGUGGAGCUGAUGUAGGAGGUAAAGUCAGAGGUAAUGUAGGAGCUGGAGUUGGUACAAACAUAGGCUUAGGUGGAGGUGUCUCUGCAUCCGGCUCAGGUUCUGCUUCUGGUUCUGACGGUGCAGGUGGACAAGGUGGAGCUGAUGUAGGAGGUAAAGUCGGAGGUAAUGUAGGAGCUGGUACAAACAUAGGCUUAGGUGGAGGUGGUUCCGCAUCCGGCUCAGGUUCAGCUUCUGGUUCCGCCGGUGCAGGUGGACAAGGUGGAGCUAAUAUAGGAGGUAAAGUCGGAGGUAAUGUAGGAGCUGAAGUUGGUACAAACAUAGGCUUAGGUGGAAGUGGUUCUGCAUCCGGCUCAGGUUCUGCUUUUGGUUCCGCCGGCGCAGCUGGACAAGGUGGAGUUGAUGUAGGAGGUAAAGUCGGAGGUGGACAAGGUGGAGCUGAUGUAGGAGGUCAAGUCGGAGGUAAUGUAGGAGCUGGCGUUGGUACAGACAUAGACUUAGGUGGAGGUGGUUCUGCAUCCGGCUCAGGGUUUGCUUCUGGUUCCGCUGGUGCAGCUGGACAAGGUAGAGCUGAUAUAGGAGGUAAAGUCGGAGGUGAUACAGAAGCUGGAGUUGGUACAAAUAUAGGUUUAGGUGGAGGUGGUUCUGCAUCUGGCUCAGGUUUUGCGUCUGGUUCUGCUGGUGCAGGUGGACAAGGUGGAGUUGGUGCAAGAGGUAAAAUCGGAGGAAAUGCAGGAGCUGGGAUAGGUGCCGGCAUAGGCAAGUGAAUGACUAACUUUGAAACAACAUUCAAAUGUGAUCAUAGGUGUUCCUAAGUUAAAUACCAAGGGGUACAUAUAUAUACAUACGUAUACGAACAAUUAUAUAUGUCAAGUCUAUCUAAAUAAAAGAAGGGGUGAAUUCUAAUGUAAUUUGCAGUAGUUUAUGGUUUAAUAACUUUGUAAUGGAUUUUGAGAAAUUUGUUACAUUUAA